CCUAUCUCAUGUUCCAUUUAUGAUUCAUUCAACUCAAUUCAGUAAUCAAGAAAUCUGUACAUUCUCUAUUCCAUAUCCCUGCUUCAUUUCUCUGUUUCUUUCUUCUCCUCUUUCUCUCUUGAUCUUACAGAACUAGUUGUACCUAGUUUCAUUACAGAAAGGCUGAACGUUGGAGAUGCCGUGAUGUGCUUCAGGGAAGAUGAAUACCUCGCAGUAUAUGGUGACGCUAUGGUUGUGGAGAUUCAAAAGAAUAUAUAUGAUAAUACACGAUGCACAUACAUGUUUGUUGUCCGCUACGACUUUUUAGAUAAGGCUGAGGAGAAAGUUACUCUUGACAAGAUAUGCUGCAGACCAACCUUCAUCAACAACAACAAUGACAUGCCCAGUGAAAUUCCACAAGUGGAGUUUGAGGAGGAUAGGACAGACGUUAACUCAUCUUAGUGAGUUUCAGAUGCCAGAUGGUGAAACAAAACAAUGUACACCGAAGUCGCCGAGCAUCCAAACUUGGGAUAGGAGGCUAAAGUGUUCAAAAUUCUACUAGGAUAUUACGCUAAAUUAUGUGGCUGGUGCAAGUUUCAUGAAAGCAAUCAUGAAUACUGUAACUCGAUGGUUGAUAGAAUCUUGAACAAUGCAUAUAAAACAGAUAAAACUCACCGGAUUAGAGUAUCCGGUGCGUAAUUCUGCUGGAAUUUUGUAUAUUGCAGCAAUGUAAUAUUUAGUAUUAAAGUUUUUACUUUCUAC